ACGGGUCCGUUACGUCUGCAGUUCGCGUUUUCUACACAGCUCGUAGUGGGUUUGCAGUGGGGCGAGAAACGGCGCAGAAACGCGCUCACUCCUCAGUCUCUCUCGCGCGCGCUCUCAGUCCCCGGGGCGCCUCGGCGUGCAACCGGCGGCACACAGUUUCCAAAAUCGACGUUUUAUUUUGUCGAAGAAAGUAAAAGACAGCGCGCGAGCUUUUCCCCUCCUGUUCCCCGUGCAUGUGCUGUUUGUAAGCUUUUUUUUCUCGGUUUGGAGUUUUUUCUUUUUUCUCUACCAGAUGCUGACAGUGAGCAGCUCGGUUUGGCGUCGCGAGCCAGCAGUGGACCAGCAUGCGCGCGCCGGACAAAGCUGUGGAGUGCGCUCUGCCCGCGGACCCCUGCGCUCCUAGACCGGGGGCUGUGGCGUCUCCGCUGUUUGCUCCCACAUUUGAUCCAGCCGAGGCAGCGCUGAUGCGCGCGUGAGGAGCUCGCGCCCACCGUUGCUGCAGCGCGAGCGCGGCGCCUCCCGGUGAGCGCGCGGCGACGGCGGCGACGGCGGCGUCUGGCUGCACGGGGCCAAGAUUUGCAUAUCAGAGGCGCGCCGCAUUUCACGAGGGUAACAUACUGGCAGGCUAGAUUGCCAUGGAAACGUGCAGUUUGUGAGAAAUAGUUGAGAGAAUCGAGAGAAAGGGAUAACACAAAACAUGGCUGAAGCAACUGAGAUGAACAUUUCCUGAUAAUUUCCAGUGACUUCUGUGAAUCUGUGAAGCCCCUGUUUAUUGGAAGAUUUGCACUCACUCACCCAGCAAGGAGUUACACCUUGAAAGUGAGAUUGGGCUGGGUCAGUGUCUUCACUGUGCCACAUAGGCUGUAAGAUAUUUGCUGCCUAAGGGAGAGUAGCCCUAGGGGACACAGAUUGGAGGACGCCAUAUACAUACAUUAGUAUAGACAUUGACUUUCGGGGUAAUGAGCCGACUAUCAGGACGUCUGCGCUCUGGAGGUGUGCGUUUGGCCUGUGAAACACCGGUCGAGGAGGACUGCAGUGAGUCUGAAGGCUCUUGGAUGGGAGAUGUAGCUCCUGGAGUCACUUCAGCAGGGCCUAUUGACUCUGGCCAGGCCACUUCACUACACUAUGGAUUUUAUUCACCUCCUUCACUGGCUAAUGGUCUGCGAAACCACGAUGACCAGUUUCAGCGCCGAGCAAGGAGACGCAGACAAAUGGACCAUGUGGAACAAAUACACACGCAUGAACAAGUGCACAUUCAGCAACACACGCAGAUGCACACACACCAGCAAACACAUUUACUCGAGCAGAACACUCGAAUGGGACAUUCAAAUACACAUCUACAGUCUCACACACACAUUCAGUUGGAUGACCACAUGCAGACGAACACAGAUGUACUAAUGCACAAGCACACACGUACAGAGAUGGACAGAUGCAUAGAUUCCAGCUCCUCAGUCAUGGAGCAGGACACAUCUCUUGUUCCAGAGGACUUGUCUGUUACUCACAAGACUGAAAAAUACACCCCCUCUGCCCGUUCAACAUAUCCUUUGCAAACUAGCCAACCCACACAAACGUAUUCAACUCUUCAACAUGGCUCUGCUUCUAUGUGUAAGGCAGAGACAGAACAAGCCACUCCCACCUGUAAACCAGAGGUGGAUCACUUACCAAACCCUGACAUAUGCCACAGUUCCAGUGCAAGCAACAAUCUGAUCACCACCCCUAUAGAGGCUGAGAGGAAGUAUACAUUGAGGAGUUCUGGUCGACCAAGAUUUCCUUGCCACCUUCGCAAGUCGUCCCGUUUGCGUAGAGCCACAGAAGAUAAUGUAGUGAAAAGGGAAGAAGAACAAAAAGAGGAGGAGGAUAUGAACAUCUGGAGAGGAGAUGAGAUUACACCAAAGGAAGAGGCUUUUCCUGAAGUUGUUCUAGGUGCCCCAUCCCUUGAAGUUUUACCAGUAUCAACUAAAUUGUCCAGUGUGGUGCCAAACCAUAGCGUUAGUAUGCCAUUUGGAAAUGAAGGCAGCACUGUGACUCACCACUCAAUGAGAGGUAAACGACGAGGUCGUUUUUUGGGUGUGAGGAAGAUAGUGGUGAAAAUAGCCAGAAUCCCUGUGCACCUCAGUCGUCGGCAGAAAAGCUACAAGAUCUCCUCCCUAGAUCCUGUGGGGGUGGGGACAUGUGGGGAAGGGGGUACUAAGGUAGAAGGUCCAGAAGGGGGGUCUAGUAGUGAGACAUGUGCCCCUAUUCCAAAGGAACCCACUGCUCUUCUCCGCAUGAAAAACAAUGGGAAGAGUGUCAUGGUCAUGUUUCCCCCAGGAGAGCUACCUGUCAUCCUGAAACGGCGUAGAGGACGGCCCCCUAAACAGGCCUUACCCGGGCAGCCUGACCUGCGUGAGACUAGAGCUGGGGCAGCAAAUGCUGCAGAGCCCAAGAAACAACGUCGACGACGACGAGUAAAACUGCCGUCUCCACUGCCCUCGUAUGUUAAUGACACCAAUGACGUUAAAGUAGAAUAUGCAGAUGUUCUCUCCAAACUGGCUUUCCUGAACAGACAGCCCCCCAGCACUGGCCGCUGCUCCCCACCACGUUGCUGGACUCCAACUGAACCUGAAACUUUUCAUACAUCUCCAGAGAACCCAAACCUGUCCACUCUACUGCACCGCCUUACAGGGUUCCGCAGACGAGGGGGUCGAGCAGGUUGUAUGGGAGGGAGGGGAGGGGCUGCAGCUGGCUGCUCUGAGGCUUUUAAGAGGUCAUUUAGUGACUUCUUUGAGACAAUUGGCAAAAAGCGAAAAGUACCCUUAUCUGAAACAGGUACUCCACGGAAGAGGGGGAAAGGGGUCAGUAGUGGAAUUGGUAGGGCAGCUAUGACUGAGCAAGGUACACCUGUGCCUGGGGAAAAGAUUCGAAAACGCCGUUCACGAAAGAACGGGGCAUUUAAAGGGGGUCAGGGUGCCCAGGACCAAGACUGGCAAAAUGGAAAUAGUGGGUGGGGGGAGAAAGGUGACACAGACACUCCUGAAAGAGCAGGCAGUUACCAGGGUUCUUGCUCUCCCCGUGGAAACUUUCCAUCUUCUGAGACUGGAAAAAUGGGAGUGUAUCACAGCCCAGCAAUGAGAGGGGCUGGCAGUGGAGAGGAGUCUCAGGGAAUGUUUGCAGGAUACUUUCGUUCUUUACUUGAUUCAGAUGACUCUUCAGAUUUGCUAGACAUUUCCAUGUCUAGCCCUACAGGACAACAAGAUGCUCGUAAACUGACUCCAGGAUAUGAGGGCAGCAGCCCAGGUGCAGCCCAGCGCUGGUCCCCUGCUUUCCCUAAGAGAAGCCCUAAAGGAGCUGCCUGUGCUGGGGAGGGGGCAGCACUUUCAUCACCCCAAUCUCAGAGCAACUCUGCAACCAGGCCCCCAUAUUCAUACAGUGUUUCUCAAACAUCUCCCACUACUUCCUUCCCAAAAUCUCCUGCUCUUUCACUUUCCCGGUCCCCUAGUUCUCCGCAUCCUUCUUCUGGUGGUUUUUCACAAUACUCUUCCCCUUAUAGUGGAAAUGUCACACAGGGGUCAAGCAUCUGCCCUGUGCCUCAGCAACAGCACAGGCCAAGUGACUGCAGCUUUACAUAUGGCACUAAAGCCUCCCCUGCUCCCUCUACACAACGGCAGAUUAAUUAUUCAAGUUAUCAGAGUCCUGUUAAGCGUCAUUAUAGUGGAUAUCCUGGACCUACUCAACCUCAAAUGCAGCAGAUUGAGUCUGCUGGUCCAUCAUCACCAGCUGGAAGUUACAUGUCAAUAUCAAAGACUAGCCCCUUCUCCUCAUCCUCGUCUCCUCCUGAGAGUUGCAGACAAUACCAGUCCUCUGCUCCCUGGGGCUAUAGGCAAGGGGGAUCAAUCUGGGGUGGUGAUGGAUUUGGUACUCAGCAGUUCCAUGGCUACUCCGAGUAUGGAGUUGGUGGCUCAGAGUCCAAAGACAUCCUGGACAUAUCAAAUUACACACCUCAAAAGGCAAAGCAGCGCCCCUGCCCGGAAACACUUUCUGAGUCCUCCUCUGACUCCUCCCACACAGGAAUGGGUAAUAUUGGGGGGCCUUAUUGCUCCAGGGAUGUUCCGGUGCCUGAGGGACAGUCUAGCCUUUCAAGCCUGGAAAAGCUGAUGCUUGACUGGAAUGAAAAUUCUGCAGGACCUUCAUACAACUGGAGUCAGAAUGUUUUGUUUCAAGGUGGGACUAAAUCAGGCCGUGGUCGCAGAAAAAGGUCAGAGCAACAGAGUGAGAGAGAACCGUGCCCUAUGCCUCCAGGAUCACCUGCAAGUCCUUCUAUGCAGGGAGGUGGACCAAAACGUAGUGCUACUUCAGGCCGACAGCCCAGGGGGGGCAGGGGCAGGGGAGGAUUCUCUCCUUGCCAAAGAGAGCGUCCUGCACCACCCAAAGCCAAACCACAAAAACCUGCGGCCACAGCCGUGGCAGGGCAGAUGACUUCAACAGGGGCACUAUACCAGGAUACACUGGAUUAUUACAGUGGAGACAGUAGUAGUCUAUCACCUCUCAGCCAUGCCCCUGAGCCCUGUGAAUACCCCUCCCCCUACUCUGCCCACACUUCUACUCCCUCCUCUGAUGAAAGAUUUGCCCAGAUUUACCCCUCGGACUCAGCCUCUCUUUCCCCUAGUCUAUCAAAUCAGUCAGAUAUGUUAAAGCAGUAUCCUAAAACAGGCCCUCCCUCACAGACAUAUGGACAUGCUGCCAGGACAUUCAGCCCUACACUAUCCCCAAGCCCUCGCCUCCUGCCACAGUGUGGCUCUGCCAUGAGUCCACAUCGUGUUUCCACAAAGGAACAAUUUCCACAGUAUGAUUCCCCCAGUUACAGUGGAUCCCCUUGCUGGUAUGGGCAGGGUGGGAGUGUUGCUAACAGUCCCCAUAGCUAUGAGGAGCAGCGAUCCACUACCAUCGCUAUGCCCUCCCACAAACGGGACACAUCACUAAUGGGCCCUGGGAUGAGGGUGCCAUCCCAUUCUCCUUAUCCCCCACCUGUACACAGAGGCCCUACCAUGUCCUCUGCUUGUGUGAGUGGGACUCUAGAGUCAUCUCCUCAACACGAGGAGCUGGGUUACCAUGGUAACAUGGACAACUAUGCACCCCUUGGGCAUCGUUAUGUGUCCCAAAGUGCCCGAGGUGGGGUUCUCUGCCAGCUACUGGACCAAUCCAGUGAUGAAGGCUUCACUGUCACCAGCCUGUAGUUAGCAUUGUUGCAGCAACCAACAAAGAUGAUUUGGACUACGCCCUUUUCAUAUUUUUAAUAUUUUGUAAAUGAGAUGCUACAGAAGACACUUACUAAGUAAGACAGAGGGGAUUUGGAACUGUGGAAUAAAAGCUGACUUCUCCAGCAGUGACAAUCAAGAUCCAAAUUCACACACCACACACACACACACACACACACACAUACGCAUGCAUGCUCUACACUCACACAAUUGUGAUGACCUGCUUACAUACACACUCACUCACACACACAUACACAGGAACACUUACAAACACAAACAUCUGAAACCGCACACUGACGCACAGAUAGACACUCUCUUGCGCACAAGACCAGUUGUGGACCUUGGGUGGAGUUUUUUAAGGAUGGACGGGCACAUCGCUAAUAUCUGAUAGAAGAACUAACUGCAGAAAUGCAGGAAUCCUCAGAAUGCAAGUAUGACUCAUUAAAGCUGAAACUCAGACAUGCCUGCAACUGUCUGUCAAACCGAUAUGAGAGACCACUCAAAAAAAAUGGUUUAGGACUACACACUGAUCUCUCUUUCCCGUUUUCCCUCUACUCUGAUUCUCUUUCUGUGUCUAUCUGUUUCUUCUAGUCUCAGCAUCUUCUCCAACCAUAUCACAGAAGAGAUUAAUUGCAUACACCCCAAAAAAAUCAGCCACCUUUGUAGGGUGCUCCUGCUACCUAUUCAGACCUUACCCCCUUUUCUUACCUUAUGUGCUAUCUGCUCCAAGAUACCAGCAUCUGUACAUAAGUCACACCGACUGACCCAACACCAGAGGAGCAAAGUACAAUGAGAACAUAAGUGAAGCUUAAACAGUUAUAGAAGUGAAGAAACAUUUGGAAAGUUGUGUAAACCCAUUACAGAAAUGCCAUGACAAUGUUCUAGAAUUUCUGUUAGGAGAGGUGAUGUCAGUUUUUGAGUGGCUUCAAAUGGUGCAGAUGGGCCCUGUGCAAAUAGUCACCGCAGUCUUUUUAAACAGAGGCCUUGUCUGGUCCGGUGGGGGUCUGUCUGAAUUGAAUGUCCUCUUCCCUCGCUCUUCUGCUCGGCCUGCAGCAUGGUCACACCCUGCCCAAACCCAGUUCUUGUCUCUGUGUUUUCAUCAUUUUCUGUCAGGAGGACAGACACUCAUGCACUGACCCCAAAGAUGCUGCUCUGGCAGAGGUGCUGAGAGGCCAGUCCUCUGGCCAUUCUGGGCACAGAGGUCUGGAACUCAGGGUGUGGACAAUGCCUAUUCUCCUACUCAUCCUGCUCCUUCUCCUUUUUUUCUCUCUCCACUGUUCCUAUUUCUUGUGGUCCGCUGUGUCGUACAGUGAUUUUUUGUGAUGAAAUACUGUAUCUGUCUGUUCCAUAUACUGUAUCUAAGGUGGGAAUAUUUAAAUACACAUUCUGUUCUUAUCAUUGCUUAA